AUGGAUGAAGAAUUAUCUUCAAGUAAAUCCAAAAUUUGUAAUUUGAUGUCAGAGUUGUCUAUUUUAAAUGUUGGUACAAUAGAAUGGUUUGUAUCAGACGAAAAAUUCUUUUUUUAUACAGGUCUUCCAAACAUGGAUGUUUUUUUUACUCUUUUUAAAUUUAUAAGAUCUUUCCUUCUGUGUAAAAGAUCAAAACUUUCAGAUUUUCAACAUCUUUCACUGACUUUGAUGCGUCUUCGGCUUAAUUUAACAUUAAAUGAUUUAGCUUAUCGUUAUAAUGUCAGUAUCACAACAGCCUCUUCUGUGUUUCUCAAAACAAUCGAUGUUUUAUAUCACGUGCACAAACAUUCCUAUAAACACCACAACACUGUCAAGUUUUUAAUUGGUAUUGUUCCUCAAGGUGUUGUAAGUUUUAUUUCUAAAUCAUGGGGUGGUCGUGUUAGUGAUAAAUAUCUAACUGAAAAUUGUGGUUUUUUAUCAAAGUUGUUACCUGGUGAUGUUGUUCUGGCUGAUAGAGGAUUAAGUAUUGAAGACAGCAUUGCUUUUGUGCAGAGUACAAUUCCUCUGGACUACUUGAUAAAACAGAAUAAUGGCCUUACUACAAUGGACAAAAUUGUUACAAUAUCAUGUUCAUUAAUAAAUUUGAAUGAUUCUGUGAUACCAUUUGAUUAA